UAACUUCAGGUUUUUACGGCUGCGGGAGUAAUCGAAUAAUAGCAUUUUCUCCAUUUAUUAGAAUUUCGAGUUCACAUUAGCAAGUAGUAUAAAUUUUAAGAAGAGAUUUAAAAUAUGGCUUCGUCAAACUUUCUGGUGUUGCUCAAAACUUUUACGGACACCAUUAAUCAAUCGUACAAAACCGGCAACAUCGAUCAGUUAAAAGCCGAGUAUGAUGCACAGGCCGGCUCCAGCGAUAACGAUCGCAAGGCAGCACUCCAUCAGGCGUUCCGCGAUCUGCUGCUUACGAAAACCGCCGACAUUCCCGCCAUCGAAGGUUUCAUUAAUUUUGCUGUUGCAGCCUGCCGGCUGGAAAUGACGUCGCCCACCAUUCCGGUCGUGCUGCUGGGGGAUAUUUUCGAUGCGGUCACGCUGGACAAGUGCGAGCAGAUAUUCACCUACGUUGAAAAUAACGUCGCCACCUGGAAGGAGGAUUUUUUCUUCACCGCCUGCAAGCACAAUCUGCUGCGAAUGUGUAACGAUCUGUUGCGGCGGUUGUCGCGAUCGCAGAACACGGUUUUCUGUGGAAGGAUAUUAUUGUUCUUGGCCAAGUUUUUUCCGUUUAGUGAACGGUCCGGGCUAAACAUAAUUUCGGAAUUCAAUCUGGAAAACAUUACCGAGUAUGGAGUGGAGGGCAGUGAAAUGGGCGAUCAGUUGGGUAGUUCGGAAGAGAACGGAACCGGCAAUCAGCUUAAAAUUGAUUAUAAUUUGUAUUGCAAGUUUUGGGCUUUGCAGGACUUCUUUCGCAACCCUAACCAGUGCUACAACAAAGUUCAGUGGAAAAUGUUUGCGGCUCAUGCGGGAAGUGUAAUGUCAGCCUUCAGCAGUUUUAAGCUGGAAGAACCACGUUCAUCGUCCAGCAGCAGCACUAGCAAGUCGACGUUAACUCCAAUGAAGAUCCCGUUGGAGGAGCAAGUCCGAGAAUCAGGACAUUUUUUUGCCAAAUUUCUCACCAAUCCUAAGCUACUUUCGCUGCAACUCUCCGAUUCGAACUUUCGUCGGUCGGUGUUAGUUCAGCUGUUGAUUUUAUUUCAGUAUCUAAACUCGACUGUUAAGUUCAAGGCAGAUAGCCAUUGCCUAACGCAAUCUCAAGUUGAUUGGUUGAAGGAAACGGAAGUAAAAGUUUACAAACUUAUUGAGGAAUCGCCCCCGAAUGGUCGCAAGUUUGCCGAUUCUGUGCGGCAUAUGCUCAGCCGGGAGGAGUUGUGGAAUAGUUGGAAGAAUGAGGGUUGCAAAGAGUUUAAACGACCGGAAGCAGCUGGAAGUUCAACCACGACUGCUGGUGCUGUAUCAACUGCAGCAACCGGCGAGGAACCUAUGCCUGCGGUGCGGUUGCCGAUGAAGCGCCCUCGUCGAGCGCUCGGUGAUUUAAUAAAAGAUUCCACAAAGCAAGGGAAAUUCUUCAUGGGAAAUCCAGAAUUGACGCGACUGUGGAAUACUUGUCCCGAUAAUUUGCAAGCCUGCAAAGGUGAAGAUCGCAACUUUUUACCGUCUCUAGAAGCGUAUUUGGAUGGAUCGAAGGACAAGCAAGAUCCGUCGUUUGAGUGGCGGGCACUGCGUUUAUUGGCAAGACAAUCGCCACAUUUCUUUACUCUGUUCAACAGCCCUUCCUACAAGGUGGCCGACUAUCUGGAGAGCGUACGAAAGAAGAUCCAGAAGGACAAGGUGGACACAAAACUGGAAGUCGUGCAGGAAGACACACCGCUUCAGAGCGAGCAGGGCGAAACGGAAGGAGAAGGUUUUGGAGCCGAGGAGGAAACUGAUCAGAUGGACUCGGAAUUGCUGAAAACCGAGCAACUCACGCCAGAGGAUAAGAAUACACACAAAACGAUCACCGUUAGUAGGCAACAAAUGGCCGAACUGGCCCCGAGUAUUGGUAAAGAUUGGAAGCGACUCGCUACCAAGCUGGGCUACAAUGCGGACGAAAUUCAGUACUUCGAGUCGGAGAACGUAACCGUCGCUGAUCAAUGUCGGCAUCUACUGCAAGUGUGGUUCGAGGACGAUAUGGAUGCCAGUUUGGAUCAGCUGGCUUACUACCUAGAAGGGCUGGAAAUGCUGACGGCAGCUGAUGCAGUCAAGCAGAUGAUCGCUGCAUUGAGUGACGACAAGGUGGAAGAAGUGUCAGACUAACGGGAUUCUUAAGAUUAUCAUUGUUAAGGAAUAUAUAAAAUUGCACUUCGAAACUGCACCGUUGCGGAAUGAAUCACUAACUCAUACUUACCUUUAUUUUGUAAUUUUAUUACGAGAACGUUCUCAUUUAAUCAAGGUAAGCAUGUUAUAUCUAGGUAUAUCAUAACUG